AUGGCGUCCUCCAAGUCGGAUGACAGCUCUUUAGAGCCAUCUUAUGAUCAGAAGGGGGAGACUAUCCCGGUCACUCUUGCAAUCGAGGAUGGUCUUGGUUCCAGCAGCGUCUCCAUUGUCGAUGACAAGACGUUUCUUCGUGUUCAUGGUGAAGAAAACUACGUCCCUAUCGAAAAGUGGGAAGGUCGCCAUCGUUUCGAUCCAUCUUUCCAAUGGACCCCUGCCGAGGAGAAGAGAAUUGUCCGCAAGAUCGAUCUGAAGAUCUGUUCCUGGGUUUGCUUGGCGUUCUUUGCGUUGCAGCUUGAUAGAGCAAAUAUCGUCCAAGCCUUGACGGACAACAUGCUGGGUGACCUCCACAUGACAACCAACGACUACAACUACGGACAGACUAUUUUCUAUUUGUGCUUUUUGUCGGCGGAGCUACCUUCCCAACUGAUAUCGAAGAAGCUGGGCCCAGACCGUUGGAUACCAAUCCAAAUGAUCUGCUGGAGUCUUGUUGCAAGCUUCCAAGCCUUUCUCAGUGGAAAGUCGUCUUUCUAUACCUGUCGAGCACUAUUGGGGUUGAUCGAAGGAGGGAUAAGUCACCACCCCUCUCACUUCAUUCCAGAUACCAUUCUUUAUUUAUCAUACUAUUACAAGGGUAGAGAGCUUCCUGCACGCUUGGCCUGGUUUUGGACCGCAUAUCAAGCUACAUCAAUUGUCGGCGCGUUUCUGGCUGCUGCCAUCCUCAACAUGCGCGGCAUAAAUGGCCUUCCAGGGUGGGCUUGGCUGUUCGCUCUUGAGGGAACACUCACAGGGCUCAUUGGCAUCGCCACUUACUUUUAUUUACCCCCAUCGCCAUAUCAGACAGCCUCCUGGUUUCGUGGAAAGAAUGGCUGGUUCAGUGAGCGAGAGGAAAAGAUCAUCGCCAAUCGCAUUUUGCGUGACGACCCUAGCAAAGCCGACAUGCACAACCGACAAGCUGUGACGCCAAAACUGCUAUUCUACGCUCUCUGCGAUUGGGAGAUGUGGCCAAUCUACGCCAUUGGGCUGUCCUUCCUGAUCCCCAACUACCCUGUCACUCAGUACUUGUCGUUGAUCCUGAAGCAAUCAUUUGGCAGAUUCGAGGUCAAUAUGCUCACCAUCCCCUCAUACGUUCUAUUCAUCAUCAAUCUCCUUGCUUUCACCUGGUUGUCAGAGAAAACGAACCAGAGAUUUCUCGUUGCAUUGCUCAGUCAGAUCUGGUGUAUGCCGCUACUCAUCGCAUCUGAGCUCUUGCCUGGGGAGGCGUCUCGAUGGGUGAAAUACGCGUUGGCCACUCUGCUCGUCGGCGCUCCAUAUGUGCAUGCCAUACAUGUAGGUAUCACUAGUCGUAAUGCUGGUUCAGUACGAACGAGGACCGUGGCAUCGGCGUUGUACAACAUGUUUGUGCAAGCCAGCAACAUCAUUGGGUCAAAUAUCUUCAGGACAGACGACGCACCCUUAUAUAGGCGUGGCUAUAAGGUCCUGAUCGGUAUCUGCGCAUACAAUGUUGUCCUAUUCCUCCUCGCCAAAUGGUUUUAUGUCUGGAGAAACAAAGUCCGGGAACGGAAGUGGGACUCCAUGACGGAGGAAGAGCAACGCCACUACCUUGCGACAACAACGGAUAAGGGAAACAAGAUGCUCACAUUCAGAUUUGCACAUUAG